CAUAUCCAUACCCCUUCUAGAGAGCUUGUCGGUCGUCAUCAACCUUUCAAGGUACAAAAGACCUAGAACUUAAAAGACCUAGAACUAGAAAUUAAACUCCGAUAAUGCUCAACAAGGUCACCACUUCUCCAAGCAAUAUUUGUGUUGGCACCAUAUAACACCCAAACCCAUAUUAUAAUCUUUAAAAGAGCCAUCAAUAAACAUAAAAUGAUCCACAACAUCAGACUAGGGAUCCUGUUAACCACAGUAGGAGGAGCAAAAGAAAUAGACUUUGGAGAGAUGUAAGUAUUAAUCAUUCUCUUUAUGUCCAAGAUAAUCUAUGAAUAUCUCUUCACAUCUGAUAUUCCAAAUACACCAUAAGACAAUACCGCCAAUGCUAGGCCAAGUAACAGAAAAAGGGGAAGCACCUCAAUCUUCGACAAAGGCAAUCAACAGAUAGAGUUUCAACGAGAAACAAGAUAACAAUCAUAUUUGUCUUCUAUAAAUAUCACAUUUUCCUUUGUUUUUCUUCUUUGCCUUUUUGGUACGAAAACAAAAAACUGGAUUCAAAACCCAUAAAGUUUAUGUGUUUAGAUGAUCAACGCUGAUCUCGAGCAUCAGGCUCCUGGCAAGAUUGAAGUGAAGUGAGUACUAGACAUGGUGAAAAUCUCGGCUUCAUGGAUCGCAUUGGGCCCACUUUCAUGACGGUUAAAGCUCAAGGGGUUGAAGUAGGGAAAGCGAUUCGAAAGCUUGUAGAUGAAGACGACGGUGAAUCUCUUCUUCAUGCUGCUGCUACAGGAGGAAGGUUAAACGUUUGCAAAUACUUGGUUGAGACGUUGAAAGUUGAUGUGGAUUUCAAGGAUGGAGAUGGUUACGUACCCUUGCAUCACGCAAUUUUCAAAGGCCAUUUGGACAUAGUAAGAUAUCUUCUUGAAAAGGGUGCCAAGGCUGAUGCAUCUAGUGAUGGGAAUUACACUCCUUUACAUAUUGCUGCAAAGACAGGUGAUACAAAGAUAAUAACCUUGCUGCUAUCAAGUGGUGUUCACAUAGAUGCUGCAACUAGGAUUGGCACUGCCCUACAGUAUGCUGCUGGCCAUGGUCAUCGAGAAUUCGAGAUGCUGUUAAAGUGUUGUUGGAUCACGGUGCAAAUCCUAACGCUGUCAUUAGUCCGGGAAUGCUUAGUCCACUAAUGUCGGCGAUCCUUUUUGAGUCAUGGGAAUAUAUGGAACUUUUACUGCAGGUAGCAGAAUUCCUAAACCUUCUGGCGGCACAAUGUUUUACUGUUUACUCAGACUAAGGCAUUGUUUGGAAGUUAAGACUGUAUGUCCUUCAUAAAUCAGAAGAGGCAAUAAAUAACCGCUAGUGCUUACAUGUGUGUGUGUUGUUGAGAAUUUUGUAGUUGUGCCUUUCGUAUUUGCUCUUGAAAGCCUUGUCUAUAUGGUUCAUUUGGAUUUGGUCAUCCAAAUGUUGUUCUAACUGAAUGAGGUGAAUUGAUAACAGUAUUUCUCUGGCUGACCUUCUGCCGCUAACAAGGUUACCCUAAUUGUUACUCAUAUUUUUUGUUAUGAGCUGCUAACAAGAUUAGUUACCAGAAACUGUUGUCAGGCAGUCAUUUUUUUCCCCUCUUUUUCUUAGUACUUGAUAUGUUCUGUCAAGUUCUUCAGGUAUUAAUAAACUGGAUUACAUUGUUUGUUGCAACUAAAUUUGCCCAAUUCCUUCUACAUUUUUACUAUUAUUUUUGUAUGUUUGAUCCUUCUCUUAUACUCCCUCCGUUUCUGGAAAAGAGUUACUAUCACUUUCCCAGAAACGGAGCUAGUAUUAUACAUUUUCAUUGUUCAAGCUCUCAGAAUUAAUCUUGAAUUUUUUGACAAAAACUAAAAGUUUGGUGUGGCGCCUCCUAACUUUUCUGCACCAUAAUAAUGGGAGUGAUAAUUCUGGAAACCUGGGUUAUACUUUUCACUUGGCAUUUUCGACACCAGAUGCUUUUGUAAAUUUACAUCCUAUUACAUUUAAGUUCCUUCAUAGCUUUACUGUCCUGGAUCAUGUAAUAAGUACUCCUUCCAAUUUGCAUAUAUAUAGGCAGGUGCUAACCCAAGUGCUGAGUCAUAUGGAAAUACACCUCUUAUACUUGCAGCAAAGGAGGAAUAUGUAGGUGUCAUUAUGCGCUUACUGGAAGCUGGUGCGGAUCCAAAUUAUAAGAUGAGUGGCUGACAGCAUUAGAAAUUGCCGCUAUGAGAUGCAAUUAUCAAAUUUUUGAGAUACUUUUUCCUGUGACAUCUCGUAUUCCUACUUAUCCUGAUUGGAGCAUUGGCGGACUAAUGAGGCAUGUACAUUCUGAUGCAUACAAAAUGCAGGCUAGCCAACGGGUGUGGCCUACUCUAUAGCAGGUCAGGGUCAGGAUCAGGCUGGGCUUGUGUUGUUAGCAUGCGCGGUUAGUUUUGGAUGUUACCAGACAGGCAGACCAGUAAAAUUCUUCUAGUUAUGGUGCAGCAAUACUAAUUUCUACCAUUUCACAUAUUUACGUUCACCGCUUAAGAACUUUGAUUGUGUAAAUUUGAGGUGAA